AUGGAGGCAACGAGCGCACUGAAGCCACAGAGAGAUCUCACGACCAAGAUUAAGGGCGUCAUCUUUGACUGUGGCGGAGUUCUUGCUGGAAAUGUGCCCAGCCGCAUGCUCAAGACACUGGCCCAGCGCUACCCCGAAGAACAAAGGGACACCAUUCAGUACUGGAACAACAUCAAGUCGAUGCCCGAAUACAAGGAGGCCGACUACUGGCAGGACUUCAAGACCAUGGUAAAGCAGGUGAGAGAGCCUGUGGAAGAGCUGCAGCAGAUGCUGCAGGAAAGCUACUACUGCUACACCGAGUGCCUCGAGCUGGCGAAGCAGGUCAAGGCCUCGGGCUGGCUGGACCAGAUUGCCACCAAGUUCGGCUUCUAUGACGUCUUCAACAAGGACUUGGUGAUCGUAUCGCAAACUGUGAGGUCAGCCAAACCAGCCAAGGCCAUCUACGAGGUCACACUCGCCAAGCUGCGCGAGGAGCUCGGUGAGGACCUCCAGGCCUCCGAGGUUCUGUUCAUCGACGACAAGCAGGAGAACAUCGCCACCGCGUCCGAGUUGGGGAUGCUGGGCUUCUGCUUCAAUGCCCACGCCCAGCCAUCGGACGUGCUCAAGCAGGCCCUCAUCGACCUCCACCUCUUGCCCAAGGCCUAA